AUGUUCAGAACCGACAGAUGUCCAGAUGACAGAGUCAUCUUUGUUGAUGGCUCUCGAUUCUAUUUGGAAGGAGAAUAUGUCACGGGUUUUGCUGUACUGGAUGAGACCACUGGUACCCAGAGUCUUGUCAGGCUACCGGGUCACAUGUCAGCACAGCGUGCAGAGCUAGAGGCGGUCAAAGAAGCUCUGCUUCUUCAGCCCCCAGGGAAACGAACUAUAUACAGCGACAGCUCGUAUGUAGUUCGCUCCCUCACCCUGCAUCUUGACAUAUGGAAGAAGAGAGGCUUUGUAGACAGCCAAAACAAACCUCUGGCUCAUGUGUCGGUCCUGAAAGAGCUGUGGGAGUGGGGCAUGGCACAUAUGACGGAAGCAGCCAUUAUCAAAAUCCCGGCACAUCAAAAAGGCGAUGAACCUUUGAUAAUGGGAAACAACAAGGCAGACGAGUUGGCUAAACUAGCGGCAGUGUCUGGUACCCUCCGGGAACCGGGCAUGGGGCCACUACCAACUCACCGGAUUGCAGCACGUACCCAUCUGAGUGACGGCCCGGUGUCAUUUGAAGAGGAACAAUCUUAG